GCUCUGGCUGGUGAGGGACUCGCCCCCAGUAGAUGCGGUGGAGUUUGAGCUUUGCUGCAUCCGUCACUGAAGAACAAAAUAAGAGUAAAGGAGACAAGCUGCAGAGCAUGGGAGGCGGUGGGGUUUUCUGAAACGUUUGCUGGGCUUUCCGCGGAGCAUGAGCCUUUAAAACGAAUUCUUUUUAUAGAAACUCAUUUGUGUAGCUGGGAAAAUGAUACAUAUGCUAAACGCAGCAGCCUAUCGGGUGAAAUGGACCAGAUCCGGCGCUGCUAAGAGGGCUGCCUGCCUGGUGGCUGCGGCAUAUGCUCUGAAAACCCUCUAUCCCAUCAUUGGCAAGCGUUUAAAGCAGUCUGGCCACAGGAAGGAAGAAGCAGCAGCUUAUCCGCCUGCAGAGAACAGAGAAAUACUGCAUUGCACAGAGAUCGGCUGUAAAAAGCCUGCGCCGGGACUGAAUGCAGAUUUUUUCAAACAGCUACUAGAACUUCGGAAAAUCCUCUUUCCAAAACUUGUGACCACUGAAACGGGGUGGCUCUGCCUCCAUUCGGUGGCUCUAAUCUCAAGAACAUUUCUUUCUAUCUAUGUGGCCGGUCUGGAUGGAAAAAUCGUGAAAAGCAUCGUGGAAAAGAAGCCUCGGAGUUUCGUCAUCAAGUUGAUCAAGUGGCUUAUGAUUGCCAUUCCUGCCACCUUUGUCAACAGCGCUAUCAGGUACCUGGAGUGUAAACUGGCUUUGGCCUUCAGAACUCGCUUAGUAGACCAUGCUUACGAAACCUAUUUUGCAAAUCAGACUUAUUAUAAGGUGAUAAAUAUGGAUGGAAGGCUGGCCAACCCUGACCAAUCUCUUACUGAAGACAUUAUGAUGUUCUCACAAUCUGUCGCUCACUUGUAUUCCAACCUUACCAAGCCUAUUUUAGAUGUAAUCCUAACUUCCUAUACUCUCAUCCGGACUGCUACGUCCAGAGGAGCGAGCCCAAUAGGGCCCACGCUGUUAGCCGGACUUGUGGUUUACGCCACGGCCAAAGUGCUUAAGGCUUGCUCUCCUAAAUUUGGCACACUAGUGGCUGAGGAAGCUCAUAGGAAAGGCUAUCUGCGGUACGUUCACUCCAGAAUCAUAGCCAACGUGGAAGAAAUUGCCUUCUACAGAGGACAUAAGGUAGAAAUGAAGCAACUGCAGAAAAGUUACAAGGCUUUAGCUUAUCAGAUGAACCUUAUUUUAUCCAAGCGUUUAUGGUACAUCAUGAUAGAACAGUUCUUGAUGAAGUAUGUGUGGAGCAGCUGCGGACUAAUUAUGGUGGCUAUCCCUAUUAUCACUGCGACAGGCUUUGCAGAUGAUCUGGAGGACGGCCCAAAGCAGGCAAUGGUUAGCGAUCGGACAGAAGCCUUCACCACUGCCCGAAAUUUAUUGGCCUCUGGAGCUGACGCUAUUGAAAGAAUUAUGUCUUCAUACAAAGAGAUCACUGAACUAGCAGGUUAUACUGCUAGAGUCUACAAUAUGUUCUGGGUCUUUGAUGAAGUGAAAAGAGGCAUUUAUAAGAGAAAUGUCACUCAAGAGCCUGACAAGCAUAGCAAGAGUGGAGGGAACGUGGAGCUACCCUUCAGUGACACCCUAGCAAUUAAAGGAACAGUUAUUGAUGUGGAUCACGGAAUCAUUUGUGAAAAUGUGCCCAUAAUUACACCAGCAGGAGAAGUGGUGGUUUCAAGGCUAAACUUCAAAGUAGAAGAAGGGAUGCAUCUUUUGAUAACUGGUCCCAAUGGUUGUGGGAAAAGCUCUCUCUUCAGAAUCUUAAGUGGGCUGUGGCCUGUUUAUGAGGGAGUCCUCUAUAAACCACCUCCCCAACACAUGUUCUAUAUUCCACAGAGGCCAUACAUGUCUCUUGGAAGUCUGCGUGAUCAAGUCAUUUAUCCUGACUCGGUGGAUGACAUGCAUGAGAAAGGUUACACUGACCAAGACCUAGAAGGCAUUCUGCACAGUGUCCACCUCUACCACAUAGUUCAAAGAGAAGGAGGAUGGGAUGCUGUUAUGGACUGGAAAGAUGUCCUAUCAGGAGGGGAAAAGCAGAGGAUGGGUAUGGCCCGGAUGUUCUAUCAUAAACCAAAGUACGCCUUGCUGGAUGAAUGUACCAGCGCCGUGAGCAUUGAUGUGGAAGGAAAGAUCUUUCAGGCUGCUGUGGGAGCUGGGAUUUCCUUACUGUCCAUAACACACAGACCUUCUCUGUGGAAAUACCACACUCACUUGUUACAAUUUGAUGGCGAAGGAGGUUGGCGCUUUGAACAGCUGGACACUGCUAUUCGUUUAACAUUAAGCGAAGAAAAACAAAAGUUAGAGUCUCAACUGGCUGGAAUUCCCAAAAUGCAGCAGAGACUCAAUGAACUGUGUAAAAUUUUGGGAGAGGACUCGGUGCUGAAAACAAACCAAAAAGAAGAGGACACACCCUAAUUUAUUUUGACAUGUUCUAAGUUAACUUUUAGGGAACGCCUCAGAGACUCCCUUCACUGCAUGCAGUACGCUAAGCUAAGUGCAGAGAAAGCAAGCCAGCAAAAAGUGUUUGGUAUGAUUUUAGCACCAAGGAAGUAUAAGAUAACUUUUGGAGCGAAAAGAAAAUGCAUUAGUUCAGAUUAGUCAUGACCUCUAUUAGUGCCCAAUGAAAAGCCAACUCACUUAUAAAAAAAAGAGGACCUUCUCCGUGAAUAUGUAUGGUCUAAGGUUCUUCUUGUGGGAGAAAGCCCCAAAACAAAACAAUAAGGGCAGUACCUGGGUUGGCAUCAGGUGCGCAGCAUCAGAAGUUUGAGUGCUGCUUUAGCCCACUUACCAUGGACAGUAGGUACAACAUCUGAAAUCCAUAAUCAGCGCUGCUAGUGGCCAGCUAAACCUCUGUACAAAACAACAGUUUGAUUUAAAAAAAAAAAAAACUUCGAUAUGAAAAAAUCAUAUUUUAAUGACAGUGGUUGAAAACAAGCGUGGCUAGACAAGCAUAAAGUACUGUGUAUGAGACUGUCAGACAGGGAGCAUCUUAAUGGAGACACAAACAAUUGACUUUAAUAAGAAUCAUGCAUAUUUGUUAAAACCCCUUUAUUUUUAAAAAUAAAAUUGCCCAUACAGAAGAGGAGGGUCUAAGCAAUGCUUGCACUGGCUGCCACUUGAAUCUGCAAUGCUCUAUACUUCAAUUAUUAUGAGAAAUACUGCUUGUUUGGUGCCCAAAGAAGCAUUUUUAAAACUUGAUUACUGUCCUAAAUAUGGAUCGUGGAGUUCAUAGUUACUUCCGCAUUCAUUUCAUUUUACUCUGCCUUUGAAGCGAUCUUUGGAGGUAACUAGUUUUUGCUCAUUUGCUUCUGAGAAGACAGAUACUCAGAUUUGUUUUGAUCAUGUGAUUUAUUUUAGAAGCCAUGUAGAGAUCAAAUGAAGUUCUCAUGAUCUGAUUCAGUACGGUUACUACUACUGCCCCUUUGAUUUAACUGAGCUAUAAUGUCAAUAAGAAAUGAGAUGGGCCAGGUCUGUGUCCAGAUAUGGAAUUAGACAGAGCUGGGAGUAAGGGAAAAUUUAAAGUAGAUAAAUAAAUACAGUUGAGGGCAUGGAGAAAUGACACUUGCUUCUCUUGAGGGGAACGGAAUUUUAUUGCCAGCACCCACAUGGUGGUUCCAAAACUAUGUCUAAUUCCAGUUCCAGUGGAUCUGAAGCCCUCUCCUGACCUCUAAGGGCCCUGCAUACAUGUAUGGCUCAUUCAUAUAUGCAGGCAAAACACUCAUAUUCAUAGCAUUCGAAAUAAAGAAGUCUGAAAGAUAGUAAAGAUAUUGAAAAUUGGCAAUGCUAAUAUUAUUUAAUUGGUGUUUGCAAGAAAUGAAAAAUGAGUAGGAAACAGAACGGCCAUUGAUCUUUGACUUAUAGCACGCCAUGGAAGCCAGCACACUGCAGCUCUGUACAUCUCUUCGAUGUUGGAGCAUCUUCAGCAUCAGCACCCAGAAGGGCAGUACAUUGCUGAAUAUGAUGAGAGACAAUCUGUAUGAAUGCAUCAUGGAAAAGAUCUCGUCUGUCCACGUGCGCUGGAGUAAGGAGCUUUAAUCUCGUCCUCUCUCAGGCAUGGUGAUGUAUAUAAAAAACGAAGAGGAACAGUUAUAGUGGCCUAAGAUUUUGUUUACAUAUUUAGAUAUCACCUUAGCAGAUGCUCAUCUGUCAUAGACUAUUUGGGAGAUAGACUACCUGGAAGUCAUUCACAAUGAUAGCUGUAAGAAAUUACAUUUCCGCCGGGCGGUGGUGGCACACACCUUUAAUCCCAGUACUCGGGAGGCAGAGGCAGGCGGAUCUCUGUGAGUUCGAGGCCAGCCUGGUCUAGAAGAGCUAGUUCCAGGACAGGAACCAAAAAGCUACGGAGAAACCCUGUCUCGAAAAAUCAAAAAAAAAAAAAAUUUACAUUUCCACAUGUUCAUUUCCACAAAAUCUGGGUGAUUUGAAUUAUCAAUAAAAGUGACCACCUUACAAGAAGUACUAGAAUAUACUUCAUAAUCAGUAAUUUUUCAUUUAUCUGUUACUACUACUUUAUACUUGUGGGGCAAGAGCUGAAGAUUUCUGUUUAGAGAAAGCAUGAAACUGGAAAGUAACACUUUUAUUUUAAAAUGAUUUCCUAACCUUUAACAACCAUGUUACUAGUUAGCCAGGUUAUCACACUAAUGGGGAAAUGUGUGAAGCAAGUGUCUUACAUUAGGUUUUAAAGGCACAAGAAGAAAACUGAAAGUUCACCUUUGAAACUCUAGUUUUCAUAAUUUAAAAUUAAACCAUUUAAGUACCGGGUAUCUUACAUCUUUAAGCUUUGCAAAGAAUGCCGACAUCAAUCCCAGGUUUAUAGUUAGACUUUAUUUAAUAGAUGUUACCAAUAAGCUGAAAUGAAAUACACAAGAUUCGUUAGAUGUUUAAAUUCUAUACUAAAAUUCUAGUCAUGGAAUUUAAAUGUUAAAAGUUUCAGGAUAGUGGCCACAUGCCUUUAAUCCCAGCACUCGGGAGGCAGAGGCAGGCGGAUCUCUGUGAGUUCGAGACCAGCCUGGUCUACAAGAGCUAGUUCCAGGACAGGCUCCAAAGCCACAGAGAAACCCUGUCUCGAAAAAAAAAAAAAAGUUUCAGGAUAAACAAGCUGUUUUUCAACAGCACUUAUUUUUUUUUUUUAAAUUAGUGAUUUUCUGAAUUACUUUUUCUGAGACCAGAUAUCCUCUGUCUAGGAAAGAGACUCUAAGAUGAACUUGUGUUAGGUAGGAGUAGGAGACCAGAGUUGAUAUUCCAACAGGCACACUUGUGAAAACAUGAGCCCACUGAGACAUCUUCUUCAAAUAGGACAAAGAAAAUGGAAUAUGGAAAAUAAAUAUAAGGUAAAUGAAGUAUAAUUUCAGUUGUCAAACUACUGUUAUUUUCCUCAGAAAACGGUAUAAAUUUAUGGAGCUUGAUUAUUUGGGGGGCUUUAACUCAUAAGCUGAAUUCCACAUGAAUGUGACAUUCUAUUUCUGCAGCAUGCAGCGGCACGCCAAGCAUGAGUCUGAAGCUGUGUUCACUCUUAUAGACAGGAUAAUCUCUAAAACACUCUUCAAUCACAAGGUUGCUGAUCUAACUUGAAAACCAACCCCAUUACCCUGUCUUUACACAGGAAUGGUUUUCCUUUGAUGGUAAUUUGACUUUUGUCCCAAAUUUCGGUGUGUCAAAAGAGGUAUAAACAAAUGUGUUGGUUUUUAUUUCAGGCAUUAAUUCCAAGUAAAAGUGUGUAUUUGUGAAAGGCGUAGCUUAUCUUGAAGUUCGAUAUGUUUUGUUUUGUUUUUUUACCUGUGUAUCUUCAAAUCUUGUUAUGCAAUAGAACUGAAACCCAAAGGAAGUGCUUAGAGAUGCAAUAAACAUUGUGACAGUGAUUAAAUUAUUUAUUUAAGCCGGGCGGUGGUGGCACACGCCUUUAAUCCCAGCACUUGGGAGGCAGAGGCAGGCGGAUCUCUGUGAGUUCGAGGCCAGCCUGGUCUACAAGAGCUAGUUCCAGGACAGGCUCCAAAACCACAGAGAAACCCUGUCUCGAAAAACCAAAAAAAAAAAAAAAAAAAAAAAAUUAUUUAUUUAAGGAGAUGCCUCUGGCACAGUUGCUUCGUAAGCAUCCGCACCACCGUGCUGCUGUUCCAGAUGCAGGGCCUGAGAGUUUGUAUGCGGACUUUAAAUAUUGCCAUAUGAAAGCUUUCACGUGGAUGUGCAUUUCUAGAAUUAAAGACACGUAUCUUCUUCACUUACGGGGGCGUUUCUGAUUACCUGGUGCCGAGAGAUCUCACCAGUUAAUGCAAAACUUCAGGAGCAAUUUUUCUCUAAUGUGCUCGAGUUGUAUUGAUGAAAGUGAAUGAGAAAAAAAAAAACAAACCUGUAAGCAUGAGAAUCAAUACGAAACUGAGCAAGAAUGUGGCUAUGAUGUCGUCACCCAGUCUGCAUGGCAUGUCCCAGCUCUUGAGCUCAGCGCUUGUGGUGGUUUGAAUGAGAAUGGUUCCCAUAGGCCCUUAUAUUUGAGUGCUUGGUUCCUAGUUGGUGGAGCGUUUAGGAAAGAUUAGGAG